AUGGCUCCAGAAAUUGACGCUGAUGUUCAGCUGUUGAAAACCAAAAUUGCUGAGGAUUAUGGUUUCGUAAGGGAUCCCAAUGCAGUCCAGUGGAAGACACUACCAAGUUUUAAAGGUAAAAUCGGAAAAGGAGGCUGGGCAGUAGCAGCUCGACUGGCAGAGCAAUUCUUCAGAAACAACAACAACCAAGCAACACCAUGGAAACAUUUACUGGCCACACGAACCCCUAUCAACCUCCUUUACAUUACAGCGGCUAGAUACCUUUUUGUAACCCACGUUCUUUGGGAAAAAAGUAGUAAAAAGUUAAUCGCUUGUAAGGAAAAUAGAGACAUAUACAGCGGCAUUAUUCAAAGCUUCGAGAUCCCUGCAACUGGAGUGUGUUUUCCUUUACCUUAUGGCAGCGCCACGUACAAAUCAGACUACGACGUUGGGCUUAUUGGACAAGAUUCUGCGACCGUCACCAAGAGCUUUAACGAAUAUUUUCAAGAGGAAUUCGGGCGACCUUCGGAGCUUGUAUUUGAUACAAAUGUUUACGCCUACACUCUGGAAUUCGCCAUGCCCAGAAUGUUUCCUAAGCUACUCAAAGCCGAAAACCGGUUUGUCCCUAGACUCGCGGAACUUGAGAAAAAGGCGUGGUUCCAAAUGCAAGAAUUGGCCAGUGCUUAUUACAAGGUCUUCAAGUACAACGAAGAAUUCUUCGCGGAAAUGAGGAAUGAAGCAAUCCAACAAAUGGCCAAUAAAGAGAAGGCCAAACGUUUGGAAAAAUGGCUGGCUUCUUUUGGAUGUAUGAACAAGCAGGUGGAUUUGCGGAGAAACAAAUAUAGUUCACAAGCUAACUUCAGAAAAACGCACAACGCUUGGUACCAAAAGUAUUUGGAAGACGUAGCAAAGAGAGGACAAUAUGACCCACGAGCAACAGGUAGCCUCGCCAAGGCCCUACUUUACGCUGCAGAGGCAUAUCAUACUCGAGGCGCCAUUCGGCACGUAGUACAGGGAAUUCAAAUGAAGGCGAUCACCACGUGUCAAUAUCACACGCCGCUAUCAACGUACGACCUGUGGGUAUCGAUGAUUGAAAAUUGGGGAGAAGCAAAUAAGGAGUACCAACACUGUGGAAAUAUAAGCGUGGUGGAGUGCCUGAUGAAGAUGAGCAAGUACCUGUCGAGGAUGUUUGACGCCAUGCGAGUGAUUCGCCGUUCCCGUCUGCCAAAGGAAGACAGAGAAGGAUUGCUAGACUUCGGAUCAACUAAUGACCCAGAGUUCACCAUAAACCUCCUCCUGCGAUACAAAAGAAGUGACGAGCGACUUCCGUCAGUGGCCUAUUAUUUUUUAGGAGGUUUUUUGCAACAGUUCAAAUGUAAAGUGAAACAAUUUUAUUGGAAAUUUCCGGAGGCGUGCUUGAAAAAAAUUCAUAACGCAGUGAACGCCUACAAUUCAAUUUUGGCUUCCAAGGUGAACGAGAUAAACUGA